CUCGAAUAUUGGGGAUGACACAUUUACUGGAGAGGCACGAAGGAAAGAUAAGCCAGUGCAUAUAGUGCGUUACGGGCAGUUUGAAUUUAUUGUAGUAUUUUGAGUGUUUCUGUGGUGCAUUUGAUCAUAAAUAAUGAUCGCACUAAAACUUCUUCCCAUAGUGCAAUUAAUUCUUCUUUUCACCGACCUUACCACAUGUUACCCUAGUAGCUUUUACAACUCAAGACGAUUAUCAAGAGCAGCUUAUCGUCCAACUUACGACCCCUAUGAAUACUAUUAUUAUACAAGAAGCCAACGAUACCCAUACAGUUACUAUCCCACCUACACCCAAAUGUACCCCGAGGAAUAUUAUUAUAAUCAAGAUGCUUAUCAUAUGUAUUAUGCAAACCCGAGAACCUCAAAGUAUGACUAUUAUAAAUCUGCUUUGCCAUAUUAUUACCAAGAUAUGCCCUUAUCGAGAAAUAAAUACAACAACUACUAUAAUUACCAAGAUAUGAGCCCAGAGGAUCAAGAGCGGUUGCUUCAAGAACUGGAAAGAGAAGAAAGGGAAAAGUCUCAGCCAAUUGGGCACGAAAUUCGUUACGAAAAUGAUGAGGAUCCUGUCGGAUCUAUAGAUGAAACAAAUGCUGCCUUUUUAAACAAUCUCAUGAUGCAACAAAUGUAUCAGGACUCAAUGAAAGAUGGUAGUCCUCAGUCUUAUCCUUAUUACGAUCAGUAUCGAGAAUAUCCUGCUGAAGCGCAAUCUUCCAAAGUCAUGCCUCGAUGGGACGAUGUCGCUUAUGAUAAGCCAUUGAAUCUAGAAGACGAAGAAGUCGAAGAACUGAAAGCACUCCCAAAGAAACCGAAGAAUCGUAAAAACAAACAAAGAAAACAGCGAAAACAACAGGAGACGGUUCGAUUUUUUGAAAACGAAUCUCCGGUGAAAAGAAGUGACAGCGACGUUACUGUGUUUUCUGAUAGAAAACCGAUAGUCAAAGCAAACCUACCGACGGAUAGUUAUCCAAUUGAGGGAUCUAGAAGAGAUGCUAGAGGACAAAAGGAGGAAGUUUUAAUGAGGCCAGCGACACCUGUUAGGCAUCCAUUUAGUGAUUCUGUCAUUCAAAUGAUGCAGCAUCAAGAGGAAAAAAAACGAACUCCUUCGGUCUAUGAUACCAUCAAGUAUAUGUUGGAUAUGGAAAAGAAAUAUGAAGAAGAACAAAAACAAGGCAAAUCAGACCUUAGACCAUCAUUGAAGAAACGUAUCGUAUCAAGCGAGGACACUCUUACGAAACAGCUCUCUGUUUUAAAAAAAGCUCAGUAAAUAAUUGGUAAUUAUGUUUGAAAUAUGUGUAGAUAUAGUUUAGGUAACUAUAACCGGAAAAAGAGGACACUGUAUUCUUAGUAAUAGAAUUAGGAGAUGUUUUAAUAACUAAUAAGUAAAUAAGUCAUGGGGCAAUGGUGAAGAAGAAUAUAUAUUUUUUCUGGCCUAUUUACUACUGCAGAUUGUUAUCACCAAGUGAUUUCAUUCUAUAUUAACAGCAGGUCAUAACAACUUUCAUCACAUUGGUUGACAGUUGAAGUUUUGAUUAGUGUUAAAACUGUCUUGUGAUUUGAGUGUCACACCAAAUGAUCCAACUAUAGAAAUAGUCUUAAAGGUUGUUAUAUGGAAUUUUAAGCUCUGGACUGAUGUUAAAAAAAAAUUUUUCGAACAUAAAUGUUACCAAUUUCCAACCAUUUAAUAACGAAUAUAUUUAUAUUCAGCCUAUUUUCAUUCUGUAAAUUUCUAAUGUGAUAAAUUCAUCAUGAUAAACUAGUCUGCCUAAAUCCAUUAGAUAUCAACCUUUUUUAUCAAUGUAGUUUUCACGAUAUCAGAUAUCAGUGAAAUGGGAGAUUAGAAAAGUUUUUAAAUAUAUUUAAUCUAUGGGGUUCAAAAUAACUUAGAAAUACAUGUUUCUUUGUUUUUGAAAUAGAACUAAUAAUAUCGGAUAGAGGCCUAGAGUUUCACGGAUUUGAGUAAAUUUGUUUAGCAUGAAACCAGCUCUGUAUGAUUGUUGGGAAUAAUACUUUAAAGUGUUAACUAUCUCCAAUCAUUUAAAAAUCAUGCAAUUAUAUUUCCUGAAAGACGUGAAUUUUAUGAAGACUAUAGGUUUUUUUUUAUAAAAAGUAACUCUACAUUGAUUUCUUAUUUGAAAUAUUGUAGUAUUUAGCAAUUUUCUAAUAUAAUAGACUUAAAAUGAUAAAGCAGGCUUUAUACUUAACAUAGAUCCUUAUGAUCUAUUUAGACCACGAAAAAAUUAUUUCUUAAAAUAUAUUCUUCUUUUACUAAUACCUCUAAAGGUACUUCUAACUCCUCUUCUCAUCCAACUACGCAAUUUAAAUCUUUAAACAAUCUCAUAAUUCUGUUAGAAUGUAGAAUAGUACAGUAGAAGUUAACGAAUCAAAGACUGAUGAAAUAUAAGUAUUAACUGAAUUGUUAGAAAUGAAAAUCGUAUUUAUUUAAAACGCUGCUUUUAAUUAUUCCUUCCAAUUAGGUAGCUAAAUAUUGUAAAUAGAUAUAUAUUUACCACAUAAUUAUAAUAUUGCCAUAGCUUAUAAAAUAUUAAUAAUAUUUUAAAAUAGCUACUUAGAUGAGAAAAAAUAGUGCUAAAAAUCCUAUAGAAAAACAUGUAGUUGGAUGUAAAUAAUGUAAAAAUGAAUAAUUUUUAGGAGUGUGGGGCAAAACAACCUUAAAAAUGUAAUAGCCAGGAACAUUAAAAAAACAUUUAGAUGAUUAAAGUCAACCUGGUUUAUUUCAACAGAAAAUCAUAAUUAAUUAUUUCGUUUGCAUUUAGUCCUUUAGCACCCGAAUAAAGUUGUUGAUUUUUGAAAUUCUAAUAUAUAUUAAAGUUAUAUGUAAUUUAGUAAACUGUGCUAUUCACCUUCAGAAACUGCAGAUUCUGUGAUACAGAGAAAAAAGGACUGUGCUUGUUAGUUGUCAAAUAACAAACAAAAAGUUAGAAAGACACUCUAGAAGAGUUUAUGGUUUAAUUUUCUCUCAAGCACUUUUUAUGGUAUUUUUGAAUCAGCAGGUUAUAUAGUAGAUAAAUCUCAAAAUAUUUUAACAAAUAAUACCUAGGUUAAAAUCACAUUUAAAAUAAGUAGAAUCUUAGAAUAGUGCUGAAAAUACCUGCUUCUAUUUUACUGACAAUAAAAUCUUGACACAAUUGUAUAUAUUUAAAAAUCUGAUUAUUACCUUGCCAAUAGUUAUAGAUAAUCGGAUAUUAAGCUAGUUGUUGUCGCAAAACUAUUAAAAAUACAGCAUAAUAUACAUUAAGUUUAAAUAUAUAUUUUAACGUUGGUGUAUAGAACACUAACUGUAUUUUUUAAAUAAAAUAUGUCAUAUAAAAGUUAUUUAUAUGGUAUAUUUUAAGAAACUGUCAACCUUUAAGUAUUAAGUAUUAAAAAUACUCCAAAUUAAUUCUGUCAUAUGGAAAAGUCACUCGUUUCACACUUCACUGAAUCCUGAGCUUGUUCCAUCACUUAUCUUAAUACUGAAUGGCGUUUGGCUUUAAAAUAUUAUAAAAGUAAUUUGGCAGUAUUUUUUUUUAAAUUGGAUUUAAAAAUUAAUUGUAUCACAUAAUACCUUCAAAAAAUAAAUACAGCGUUAAUAAAAAAUUUAAAUUUGAAUUGACAUAUCAAAAUUUCAGUUUUACUUUUAAAAAUAAUUCAGCUUUAUUAAAGCUAUUUAUAUAAAAGCUUUCUCGUGACUAGGUUAUGAUGUGAUACAAUUUUUUUAUGGUCUGAGGUGCAUAAGGCACAUUUUUGUACAUAUCUCCUAAUAUUUUUUUACUAAAAAUAUGUAAUUACUGAAUAUAUUUUGAUAAUAUAUAAAUAAAGAAAUUAUAUCCCUUAAGCUACGAUUACUGGAUUCUAGGACAGAAAACGAUUAAUGAAGGAAAUAUCACGCUACCUGUGUGUAAUUUACUACUAAACCAUUAAUAUAAUAAUUAUAAUAUCCAUACUGACUGAAAAAUAAAUGUCAAUACAUAAAGCUAA